ACAAACCCCCUCUUCCGUGCAUUUCAAAACAGUUACCAUCUUUUGUGUAAUCAUUUGCAGCCACAAUUUGAAACUUUCUAGGAUGACCGGCGUGAAGGGUUUCCUGAACCGGUGGAGCGUGACGAUCGUGAUGAUUCCGGCCCUCGUCGGCAUGCACUGGGGCUGGUUCGUGCUGCACAAGAACGAGGCGCUGGUGCCGAAGCACCAGCAAAAGGACGAGCUGCCGAUCGUUUCGGCCGCCAGGAAGUUCUGGAAGAUGUUUACCAAGGAGGAGGGUGGUUCUGCGCCGGAAAUUAAAGACGUGGCGGCCAAGUAGGAUGGUCGAUUGGGGGGAGUUUUAGAUAUUUUUAAUGUGAAUGUAAAUAAAACGUUGAAACCAAUAGUAAAA